AUGGAUGAUGUUAAGUUCUUAAUAAAUGAAAAGUAUAAGUUGGUUGAUGUGCUUGGGAAAGGAUCAUAUGGAACUGUUUGUUCAGCAGUUGAUAAUAAAACAUCGAAAUGUCAAAUAGCCAUUAAGAAAGUAACUAGAAUAUUUGAAAGGGAGAUAUUGAUGAAGAGAGCUUUGAGAGAAUUGAAGCUUAUGAAACAUUUCAAUGGUCAUAAGAAUAUAAUUUCACUUCUUGAUUUGGAUUUGAUUGCACAACAACCUUAUGAAGGGUUAUAUUGUUAUCAAGAAUUAUGUGAUUAUGAUUUAGCUCGAGUAAUCUAUUCCACCAUGCAAUUUAGUGAAUUUCAUAUACAAAGUUUCAUUUAUCAGAUAUUAUGUGGAUUGAAGUACAUCCAUUCAGCUGAUGUGAUCCACAGGGAUUUAAAACCAGGAAAUAUCCUUGUUACAAUUCAAGGAAUAUUGAAAAUCUGUGAUUUUGGGUUAGCAAGAGGUAUAAACACCGAAUUUUUCAUUGUAGGUGAUACGAAACCACAACUUAUAACCAAUUAUGUGGCUACCAGAUGGUAUAGAGCCCCAGAAUUGAUGUUAUCCAAGAAGAAUUAUGAUAAAUCAAUUGAUUUGUGGUCAGUUGGAUGUAUUUUGGCUGAAUUAUAUGGAAGAAAGCCAAUUUUCAUUGGUAAAAAUCAAUUGAAUCAACUUCAGGAGAUUUGUAAAGUGUUGGGAUCUCCUUCCAAGACAUUGAUUUUCAAAAAUGGUUGGAAUAUCAAUCUUUUGAAGUUGAACUACACUAACACUGGAUUAUCGUCAUUAUAUCCAUUUGCUUCAUCCAAAGCAAUUGAUCUUAUGGAGAAUUUGUUGACUUGGGACCCCAAUCAAAGACUCACAGUAAUAGAUUGUUUGAAUCAUUCAUUUGUAUUACCUGUGAGGGACUCAACCAAUGAACCUUCAUGCACAGAUAUAUUUGAUUUCUCUUUUGAGUAUGAUUACAUAACAAUUGAUGAGUUGAAGGAUAAGUUACAGGCAGAAGUUGAGUUUUUCAAAAUUCAAAGAUUAGGAUAA